UCAACUCGCUUCUUUCUUGCUCCCCCACUGCAGCGUGCAUCGCUUCCCUUCUCAGAUUCCGCAUUGCUCCCCCUCCGAUAAUUCCAAGAGGAGGAGAUCCCGGCGGCGCCGCCCAAGCCCUAAAUCCCCGGCCGGGAUCCCACCGGCCACUGCCCACAGGAGGGGAGUUGGAGGAGGCGGCGGAGAGAGAGAGAGAGCAAUGGGGAGGCGAAGCAGAGGCGGGGACGCGGCGGCGGCGGCGGCGGCGAAGGGGGAGGGGAUGCGGGUGGUGUGGCGGAAGGGGGCGGUGCGGCUCGUCUUCGUCUCGGCCAUCGCGUGGGCGCUGCUCGUCCUCCUCUCCCUCGCCUUCCACCUCUGGUCCUGCACCUCCUCCGUCUCCUUCCUCUCAGCUCUUUGUAAAACUGACAGUAAAGUUCUCCAGGUGUUGGACUCGAUGGAAGUCUCAUCGAAACCGCUCCACCGUUGCUCGAUACCUGUUGCAGAUGAUCCAGAUGCUGUUGUGAUUCCAAAGAGAACUCCCAACGCAAUCGUAAAGAAGCUGUCAUAUAUAACAGUUGACAAGCAGGACAAAGAUUCUCCGCCAUUGUUCGGAGGACGUCAAAACUGGAAACAGAGGGAGGAAAGCUUUAAACUGAAUGCUACCAUGAAGGUGCACUGUGGAUUUAUGAAGAACAGUGGGGCAGACAUGGAUGAUGUUGAUGUGGAGUACAUACAGAAAUGCAAAUUUGUGGUUGCCUCCGGUAUUUUUGAUGGUUAUGACAUUCCCCAUCAGCCAUCAAAUAUCAGCCUUCGCUCUCAAAAGUUGUUCUGCUUCUUGAUGGUGGUAGAUGAGGUAUCCCUUGAUUUUAUUGAGAAAAACGUCACUGUCAAAGUUGAUAGUGCAGGUGGGAAAUGGGUUGGUAUAUGGCGACUCGUAACUUUACACCGCCUUCCGUUUGAUGAACCUAGAAGGAACGGAAAAGUACCAAAGAUAUUGACGCAUAGACUAUUUCCUCGAGCUUGGUAUAGUAUUUGGAUUGAUGGAAAAAUGGAGCUGAUGGUUGAUCCACUGCUUAUUCUUGAAAGAUAUCUCUGGCGAGGAAAGUAUACAUUUGCAGUAGCUGUCCAUAAGCAUCAUAGGAGCAUAUAUGAGGAGGGUGAUGCAAUCAAAAGGAGGAAGCGAUAUGCUCGGCCUUUGGUUGAUCUUCAGAUGAAGAUAUACUAUCAUGAGGGGAUGGAGCCUUGGGACGCAAAUAAAAGGAUGCCUAGUGAUAUUCCAGAGGGAGCGGUGCUGAUCAGGGAGCACACAACGAUAGCUGAUCUGUUCAGCUGUCUCUGGUUCAAUGAAGUCAAUCUUUUCACGCCUCGUGAUCAGCUCAGCUUUGGCUACGUGGUUUAUCGGCUUGGAGACACUCUUAGAUUCUUCAUGUUCCCCAACUGCGAGUACAACUCAUUGUUCAUCUUGCACAGACACACAAGAGAGCACUCAUCAAAAGUCGAGUGGGCUAAAACAAUCGAUGAGAUUGUGAAGAAGGGGUUGAAGGAGAGCCGGGGAGGAUUAGGAUUGUGGACUCCGUAUCCCGCAGACCUCAGCUCUGUCGAACUCCCUGCUGUAAAAAGAACUUCACAGGCAGGCUAGGUUGCACCAAACGUUAGAUCACGAUUCUUUGGUUGUGCAGAGUAGAACACUCUUUUUUUGGUGGUGUGAUCAGAUGAUAUUCUGUAACUUCCUGUAGAUUGUGCUAAAGAUGAAAUAGGGAUGCACUAAUGGUUAGUAUUUGGUGCUCUCUGACUUCCAGUACCAUGCCAAAUUCUAUGACGAAGCUGUAACUACAUGUAAAAAAACUGAUGGAAUGGAUCAGGAUCAUGUUGUUUUUGUAUUUGGAAGUUACCAAACAUCAGAUUCA